CCUUCUUCUUCUCGCCCGUCAACGUGGCUAACUAAGCAUCCCGUCUACCCCCCAAUCACCACCACCACCAAUUCCGCGUCAUUUGCGCCCCGCGUCGAGUAGAGAUUUUUCAGGGGGGAAUCCUGGAGCCGGUGGAGCAAACAGCAGCCGCCCUGCUCAAUCUCAGCGCCAACAUGUUGUACCUGGAGACGGGCACUAGUACGCCCUACAGCGAGUCUCAGUACACCAACCUGGGCCUGCUGAACAGCAUGGAGCAGAACAUCCAGAACGGAGGCUCCACAUCCACCAGCCCGUACAACACGGAUCACGCCCAGAACGGCGUCACGGCGCCGUCGCCCUACGCCCAGCCCAGCUCCACCUUCGACGCCCUGUCGCCCUCGCCCGCCAUCCCGUCCAACACCGACUACGCCGGCCCGCACACCUUUGACGUGUCCUUCCAGCAGUCCAGCACGGCCAAGUCCGCAACCUGGACGUACUCCACAGAACUGAAGAAGCUUUACUGCCAGAUCGCCAAGACGUGUCCCAUCCAGAUCAAAGUUCUUACCACCCCUCCGCAGGGCGCCGUCAUCCGCGCCAUGCCCGUCUACAAGAAGGCGGAACACGUCACAGAGGUGGUAAAGCGCUGCCCCAACCACGAGCUCAGCCGCGAGUUCAACGACGGUCAGAUCGCACCUCCGAGUCACCUGAUCCGCGUGGAGGGUAACAGCCACGCCCAGUACGUGGAGGAUUCCAUCACUGGGAGGCAGAGCGUGCUGGUACCCUACGAGCCGCCUCAGGUGGGCACGGAGUUCACCACCAUCUUGUACAACUUCAUGUGCAACUCCAGCUGCGUGGGCGGCAUGAACCGGCGUCCCAUCCUCAUCAUCGUCACCCUGGAGACCAGAGACGGUCAGGUUCUGGGCCGCCGCUGUUUCGAGGCUCGCAUCUGCGCCUGUCCGGGUCGCGACCGCAAGGCGGACGAGGACAGCAUCCGCAAGCAGCACAUCACGGACGCCACAAAGAGCAGUGAGGGUACGAAGCGCCCCUUCCGCCAGGUGUCUCACGGCAUCCAGAUGUCGGCCAUCAAGAAGAGAAGAUCCACAGACGAGGAGGUGUUCUGUUUGCCCAUUAAAGGACGCGAAAUCUACGAGAUUCUGGUGAAGAUCAAAGAGUCUCUGGAGCUGAUGCAGUUUUUGCCGCAGCACACGAUCGAGUCGUACAGGCAGCAACAACAGAAUCUCCUGCAGAAACAGACGUCGAUGGCGCCUCAACCGGCGUACGGCUCCAACUCUCCUCCUCACAGCAAAGUCAACAAGCUCCCGUCGGUCAGUCAGCUCAUCAACCCGCAGCAGCGCAACACGCUCACCCCGUCCGGCAUGUCCGCCGGCCUCACCGACAUGACUCCCAUGAUGGGCACUCACAUCCCCAUGAGCGCUGACAUGAGUUCACUGAGCCCCACUCACACCCUGCAGCCCCAGCUGCCCCUGGUGCCCUCCUCGCACUGUACGCCCCCUCCUCCGUACCCCAUGGACAGCAGCAUCUCCAGCUUCCUCAUUCGUCUGGGCUGCGCAGGCUGCUUGGAUUACUUCACAGCACACGGUCUAAGCAACAUCUACCAGAUUGAGAACUAUAACAUGGAGGACCUGUCGCGGCUCAAGAUCCCCAUCGAGUACCAGCAUGCCAUCUGGAAGGGCAUCCUGGAGCACCGGCAGGCCAUGGACUUCUCCCCCCCGCCCCACAUCGUACGCACCACCAGCGGGGCGUCUGCCGUCAGUUCGUCCGAGGCGCGCGGCGAGCGCGUCAUCGACGCGGUGCGCUUCACCCUGCGCCAGACCAUCUCCUUCCCGCAGCGUGACGACUGGUCCGACUUCUCCUUCGACCUGGAUUCGCGCCGCAACAAGCAGCAGCAGCGCAUCAAGGAAGAGGGAGAGUAGGACUGGACAAAUUACGGAAAAAACAAAAACAAAAAAACGCCCGGAACAUUCCCCAAUUUUUUGUUUUUUGAGAGACGUGCACUUAUUCUUCUUCUGCACGGUUCAGAUUUCUUGAGAGCACUUAAGAAAUGUUAAAAGUGUUAAAAAAAUUGCAUUUCCAAGUCCUGAUUGUACAUUUCAAGUACGCACUCUUAUCCCUAUAUUUAGCAUCAUUUCAAUUUCAAGUGUUACCCACUUUUAUGUUGUAUUUGGUUGAGGAUUAUGUGAAAUUACUGUAUGUACAUGUUGUAUAGUUUUGUUUUGUUUUUGUCAUCAGGAAAUAAAAGAACGUUAAAAGUCAGAAAUCAAAAGAAAGAAAACAUUUUUGUACAAUUUUUACUGUAAAUAGGUCGAGGCUAUUUUGAUAUAAAUCCAAAAUAAAUAUCCACCCUUCUUGACUACUCCAGUGUCUUAUUUGAAAUAUACUUUUUGUCUUAAUAUAAAUUCAAAAUAAAUAUCCAUGAAUACUC